UUCGCUCAAGAAGAAAAUCGGCCCGCGGAUGAAUCUAGUUGCUGAUCCCUGCUCUAGGGGUAAAUUAGUUCGCUAAUUACCACAACUUUAACUAUAGAGCAUAUUACAAUGUGAAAACAAUAAUAGAUCUACUGACUUUACAGCAACCAACAUAUUUAUCUUCCCAGUUCAUACUCCAUCACAACAAUAGAAGGCAGUAAAAUUACCAUGCAUCUAUCAUUUUGUUUGUGUAGGAACCAAAGUCAUUUGAACCAAUGUGGUUCCAUCACGUUUACGCUCCUCGGUACAUUCACGCCAUUCGAAACGUUUGUCGAUUAUAAUAUAGUGCAUAUAUUUAGCCAUUCGUCUAUAUGCUCACAAAUGAAACAUACUGAUCUGUUGAAUUAGGCUGUCUCCAAUGCAUGUUUCAGAGACAUGUCCUGUGGUCCGUCAGUAAUCCAACUUCCCGGUCACGUCACCACAGCCCUUUCCGUCUUUUUCUCCCUCCGCGCGCUCUCUUUUCGGUCCACGUGCGGAUGUCUUAGAUUUUACAAUCAAAAAGACCGCAAUAAGAGUUUGGACCAAAUGGCGGCAUCAUUCGAGCAGAUGAGAGCUAACGUGGGAAAGCUCUUACGAGGAAUUGAUAGAUACAACCCAGAGAACCUGGCAACAUUGGAACGCUACGUGGAAACACAAGUUAAAGAAAAUGCCUACGACCUAGAGGCCAAUUUGGCUAUUCUCAAAUUGUACCAGUUCAACCCUGCCUACUUCCAGGUCACAGUGACGUCGCAGAUUCUGCUCAAGGCCCUGACCAACUUACCACACACAGACUUUACUCUGUGCAAGUGCAUGAUUGACCAGACACACCAGCAGGAGGAGCGCCCCAUUAGGCAGAUCCUGUACCUGGGGAACCUCCUGGAGACCUGCCAUUUCCAAUCCUUCUGGUCCAGUCUGGAGGAGAACAGGGAAUUCAUUGACGGCAUCACAGGCUUUGAGGACUCCGUGCGCAAGUUCAUCUGCCAUGUGGUUGGAAUCACAUACCAGAACAUUGAGCAUCGACUUCUGGCUGAGAUGCUGGGUGACCCCCUUGACACACAGGUUAAGGUGUGGAUGAGCAAGUACGGGUGGACGGAGAACGAGGAAGGGCAGAUCUUCAUCUUUAACCAGGAGGAGAGUGUCAAGCCCAAGAACAUUGUUGAAAAGAUUGACUUUGAGAGUGUAUCCAGCAUCAUGGCCACAUCUCAGUGAUAUCCAGACACAUCGGCACAAACACUCCGAAUGCACCAAAAUUCAACCAGACAGAAGUACAUAUAUCACAAACCAGCGUUUCACAAUAAAUGUUAGUUAUCCAUUCAUACGCAG